GAUGCACUUGCCCAUGGCACGCGGGAUGCUCUGAUAUUCCUGUCAGCAUUUAAUGCACCUGAAGACUGGGAGCAGCGCAAAUUUGGACAUUAGUGCCUCUUCACACACAUCGACUGAAAAGAUGCAACUCGGAGUUCACAAGUCUCCCAUGAGAUACGAUCCCCGAGGGAUACAAUCACAGUCAAAGGUGUUCGAAAAUCACACCUAUGCUAUCGGGUUUAAUUCUCUGAUUUAUCUUUCCUGUACUGCUUUAGCGCCCGACUUCCGCGGUUCGCACGGAUGAACCACCAUCCUGUGUCGCUUUAACGACGCGUCAUCAAUGCUCAUGCCUCCCGAAUCCUUUUGCGCGAUCUCCCCAAUCCCGAGUGUGCAGUGCCAAAUAAUGCUCAUGCGCUGUACCUCGAUAUAUGCUUCGGAUUCCGCGGUGGACUGCUAGGCACGUCAGAACUACUUCAGUUCAACUGUUCCCAUUUGUUGGCGUGCACUGCAACAUAGUCGUUUUGGGACACCUUUCGCACGCGCAACAUGCUUUGGAUCCCGCCGUGGACUGUUUAGGAGUUGAUCCGGAUUCUUAAGUUCUCUCUAGUUACCUGCUUAGGUGAACCGUGGGAUUUCUUUCUUUGGAUUUUCAGACGGUUUCCUUCAACUUCUCCUGCAUGAUCCUUGGACACGCUGUGGGGAUACGACCGUACACUGAUAGGCCCAGUAUGUAGUUGAUGCCAGGAGCCUCAGCCUGGCGAGCGAAGUGAUCGCAACGUAUAUAAAGGCGAGUCAAGCGAAGUUUACUCGGCAUGGGCCGAGCGAACUCAACUCUCCCACCCUACUACAACAACCUUUUAAGAAAUGGAUACGGAUACUUGGACACGCGAAAAAGAACAGCAAAACACUUCGGACAUCGCAACUCGAUUGAGCUCAUACCGAGCCUGAGCCUAGAGGACACGCCGGUUCCUCAAGCAGGGCAGAACGCUCAUGGACCUGUCCCCUCUCAGCAGUCGGCAUCCUCGCUCCGCAGCUCGAAGAAGGGCGGGCCAUUGGCACUGAAAAUGGAAACUUCCCUUGAAGAAGCUUCCGGCCUCGAUUUCGAUACUCCAGAAUUGAAUAUCGAGCUGGACGAUGAUUCCCCUUACCCGGAGGUUAGGGCCACAGUCUCCAACACCGAUGACCCGAUGAUGCCCACCAAUACCUUCCGGAUGUGGUUCCUUGGCAUCCUCAGCACUGCGAUUCUGUCGAUCGUAAACCAGUUCUUCAGCAUGCGUUAUCCAAGGAUUGGCAUUAGUGUCAUUUUCGUCCAACUCUUGACCCUUCCCAUCGGCAAGUUCCUCGCAUAUGCUCUGCCCAAGAAACAGUUCCGCAUCUUCGGUUAUGUGUGUUCGUUCAAUCCCGGCCCGUUCAACAUCAAAGAACAUGCGCUCAUUUGCGUCAUGGCGAGCUUUGGUGGGGCAGCCUAUGCCACCGAGAUAGUUGCCACGCAGAGGGUGUUCUAUAACCGAAACUGGGGUACACUGUACGAGAUCUGCCUGGUCAUCUCGACGCGAUUCCUUGUCUGGCCUGCGAGCAUGGUCUGGCCCGGUAUACUUGUGACAGUAUCGCUCUUCACCACACUCCACGAACCUUCCAGCAAGACCACGGAUCGCAGAAUGAGCCGCCACAAGUUCUUCUACAUCGCGAUGGCCUGCUCGGCAGUAUACUAUUGGUUCCCCGGCUACAUAUUCCAGGCUCUGUCGAUGUUCAACUGGGUCUGCUGGAUCGCCCCGGACAACUCGGUCGUCAACUCGCUCUUCGGCUACACGUCAGGUCUUGGGAUGAGUCUCCUGACCUUCGAUUGGAAUAUGAUCAACUACGUAGUCGGCCCGCUGUACACGCCUUGGUGGGCGCAGGUCAACACGUAUGUAGCAGGUCUCCUGCUGUACUGGAUCGUGACGCCAAUCUGCUACUACUUGAACGUGUUUUAUUCUGCCUACCUGCCGAUCUCGUCAGUUUACGCAUUCGACAAUACCGGCUCGACCUACAUCCCCGAGGCCAUUACCGUUAAUGGUGUCUUCAACGAGACGAUGUACGAGGCCUACUCGCCUCGAUACAUGUCGGUGACUUUUGCCCUUGAUUACGGGCUGUCAUUUGCCCUCAUCACGGCUGUGAUCGUGCAUACCCUCCUCUGGCACCGGCAUGACAUCGUCCGCCAAUUCCGCACUUCCCUGUCUGAAGAAGACGACAUCCAUGCGCGGCUGAUGAAGGUGUACCCUGAAGUGCCCGACUAUUUCGCCCUGGCGCUAGUGACGAUCCUCGUGUGGCCUACAGAGCUUCCCGCGUGGGCGCUCAUCAUCGCCGUGAUCAUCUCCCUCGUCUACCUCGUCCCCACAGGCAUCAUCGUCGCCAUCUCCAACUUCGACAUCGGCACGAACGUCAUCUCCGAGCUUAUCUCCGGCUACCUCCUCCCAGGCAGACCAGCAGCAACGAUGAUCUUCAAGACCUUUGGGCUGAUGACGACUCAGCAAGCGCUGGGGUUCGUCUCCGACCUCAAGUUCGGGCACUACAUGAAGAUCCCUCCGCGGAUGAUGUUCUCUACGCAGAUCAUAGCGACUCUCCUCUCAGGCAUCCUGGUCGUCCUUGUUCAGGACUGGAUGUUUGCGAACGUGCCUGGCCUGUGCACCCCGGACCAGGUAGACAACUUCAUCUGCCCUGGUAUCGAGAUUUUCGGCGCGGCGUCCCUUAUAUUCGGCACGAUAGGCCCGAAGAGGUUCUUUGCCACGGGCCUGUAUACUCCUCUGCUCUGGUGCUUCCUUAUCGGCGCGAUUCUCCCCGUGAUCUUCUGGUUCCUAGCAAAACGUUACCCCAACUCGGGGUUCAAGUGGGUAAACAUCCCCCUCGCCCUAGGCGGGCUGGGCGCCAUCCCCCCCGCCUCGGGGUACAACUACUUCUCAGCCUUCCUCGUCGGAGGACUGUUCAUGUACUAUCUCCGGAGAUACCAUUUCCCCUGGUGGGCAAAGUACAACUACGUCCUGAGCGUGGCGCUCGAUUCGGGAGUAGCGAUCACAGCGCUGCUUAUCUACCUCUGUCUGUACCUGCCAGGUGGGGUCGUGGAACUGGUGUGGUGGGGGAAUACGGUGUUUAUGCAGAACUUGGACGGGGUGUUUGGAGCGUGGAAACAGCUCCCUCUGGGGGGGACGUUUGGGCUCACGAGCUGGUGA